ACAACGUUCAUAUCUGGAUCCUGUCAAAGACAGAUACCUCGACAUCCACGUGGACAAGACAAACAAAUCGGUAGUAGAUUGCUUUCUCGUACCUGUCGCCGGAGAGUACUUCGAGCAUUUUACAUAAACCCACUCUCCUUAAACCCUGAUCUUCCCGGAAAAGGCCCGAGCUUUCCGAGUUUCUCGGGGAAAAAGGGGAAUGAAUCGGCCAGUUGCGGAGGCGCUAGUCGGGUCGUAGUCGAGCUUGUCCAGGAAAAUUAGCGGAAUUCAAAGUUGUAGGUGACUCAGUAGGAUUUCUAAGGAGUCCGUCGUUAAACUGCUUGCUGGUACUUUUCCAUUGGAGGGACUGUUGGAAGAUGUAAUGCCACAAUGGGAAGGCUGUGACUGAUAAUCUACAUGUUAUGGUAAAAAUCACUCCAUGUAUACCUCUUUGCACCUUUAGCUUCUUUUAGUUCUAACAUCCUGAGUUUUUGAUUCGACACCUUCAUCAGAAAGCAAUAUAUUAUGUAUGCUAUCCACUGCCGUUACCGAGAUAUACGUAAGUUGAGUGGGCAUCCGUUGAGUUUGCUGAUUUUGUCCGCAAAGAGGGUGUCCCCACACAUUCUGAAACUUUGCAGCAGCAAAAAGCAAAUCCCAAGUCCAAAUCAUGUGAAAACAGAGCACUUCUAAGCUCAUCUCAGCAUUUGGCCAUGCACAGAACUAUACAAAUUGUUCUCUCGCAGUUUUACAACAAAAACCAAACUUAAGUUAUAAAAUCUCUGGCAACAAGGAAUAUAUAUUGCAUGAUGUGAAAUGGCAACAAAAUGGCAGUGCAUCUACUUUGCCUAAAAGUAGUCAUUCUGACACCAACUUAACAGAGACACGGCAACUAAACCUAGACAUUCUUAGGAUAACUAACAGAACGUCAGUGCUUAAAUAUAGCAGGGAGAGCACUGGGCUGUAUCAAUCACUGGUACAAAAUUUUAGUGGGGAUAUGACCAAUUUGCUUAAUGGACCUAGGAUGGAAAGGGAUUUCUUGUUUGGGGAUCUCAUCUGGAUUGGGACUUAUUUAUGGCUGAUGAGUGAAUUGAUAACUGCUGAGGCCAAACAUCCUUUCAAGAUUGCUGUAUCUGAUAGUGAAAAAGCUGGUAAAUUCUUUUCUAGAGAUAUAGUUAUCCCUCCGCAGAAUCUAAAGUCAGGAGGUAAAGGCCCUAAAAGCUUCAUAGAUAGUGCUGAUUCUGGAGUGGAUAGCAAUGCAAAAUUGCUCUUGCACAAGAAGGAAAACACCUCUUUGCUUUCAGAUUAUCACCUCAAAGUUGCCAAUAUCGAGGUAGACAGCUGUAUCUCAAAAGCUGCAUCUUCUACCCUUCAUGCAGAUUAUCAUUUAAAGUUUGUAGCAUCUGAUAAAGGUGAAUGCGAACUUUGCUAUGAGAGCACUAAUUGCAUUGAAUUCUUUCCUGAAAGAAAGGAAGAGGACAAUCUUCAUCCUACCCAGGAAGAACAUAACAUGAAGAUACACUGUUUGGGACAUGUUAAGCCUCAGGCUGCUGUUGCCAAGGAAGAACAUGCAUUUGCAGGGGCAUUUAGUGGUAUCUUUGUCAGCCUUUGUCUUCACCCUGUUGAUACAAUCAAAACCGUCAUUCAGUCUUACCGUGUAGAGCAGAAAUCUCAUUGCUAUAUUGAAAAUUGAUUGUUUCUGAGGUAUGCUUCAUUGGAUUUGAAAUGAUCUUGACAGUGUCAUUUAGAACCUCUUUCACUCAUUACAACUAAGGUUUGUCUCUUCUGUAUUAUAUUGCUAAGCUGCCGGUGAAAAUUGGUCAAUAUUUGUCUCGUUUUCCAGGUCUAACUAGACUAUAUCAAGGUAUCUUGAGCAAAAUUGCAUCUCCAGGUCCAAUUUCUGCGAUUUAUACUUGCACAUCAUUCAGUAGAAGGCACUUCCUCUUUUCCCCAAGGCAGUUUUUUCCUCAUUUUGCUUUCUAAACUUUCUUUCUCCACUUUUCUGGUGUUAAUCUUUUUGCCACGUUAAAUGUGGGCAGGGUUUUGAAUGCCCCCUUGUUGCCUCGGCAAGGUUUUGAAUGUUCUCAACUGAACAGUGUCUGUCUUCCUGAUAUCUCAUCCACUUCUUUGUGCAGGAGUAAUACUCCAUCACACGUUGUAUUGCAGGUGGUUGUGCAAGCAUGGCUACCUCUUUUUGUUUACGCUGCUAGUGAACACAUGAAGCGGCAGAGGCAAGUGGGCUCUCACUAUCAUAACUGCUGAAAUGCAUUGGUUGGAAUAAUCACAAGAGGUGGUUUGCCUUCUUUAUAUGCUGGGUGGGGAGCUGUGCUCUGUAGAAAUAUUCCCCACUCAGUCAUCAAGUUAUAUGUUUAUGAGAAUCUAAAAAUGUGGACACUUUCCUCGCUCCCGUCUGGUGCUCAACUGAACACCUUGCAAUCGCUUGUUUGUGGAGGACUAGCAGGAUCUACUGCAGUUUUAUUCUCAUCUCCUAUCAUCGACUUGGUGAAGACAAGAUUACAAACUCAGAACAAAACGAUAAGUAGGUGGAGACUGUCCUGUUUGUGCAAAUUCUGAGUCAGCAAAUUAAUUGAAUGGAUAGUAUAAAUCACCAGCACUCGAACAUGGGAACACAUGAAGCUUUGGGUUUGUGGAAACGUAGGAGAAGAAGAACGUGGAAAUUAUACCCCACACCUGAAACUAAACGUCCCCACCACCCUCUGCCCUCUAAAAAGAUGGAGAAUCAAACUCCCCACCUCCCUAGGAAGGGUGGCCAUUAGGGCAAUCCCCUGGUGGUUUUAACGGAUUUUAAUUUCAUCUUGUAUCAACACUAUAAAUUUACCAAUUCUUAUAUGAAUUGACGAAUCUUUAUCUGAGUGUCUUACCGAUUCUUACAUAUGCCUUAAAUUUAUCAAUUUCUAUAUGAACUUACCAAUAUUUAUUUGCACAACUUAUUAGCUUUUCUCCUAUUUGGUUACCAGCUAGUUUUGGCUUAUUAAUUAUCUUUUGAGUUACUUAUAAGAGUCCAUUUUUCUGUUUUUAGAAAUUUACCCAUUUUUAUUUUCCUUGCUCGUCAACCCAUUAGAUUACCAGCUAUUUUAAAAGUUACCAACCUCAAUUAGAGCAAUUACAAUUGCCCUCCAAUUGAGUUAUCAAUUGGUCUACUUUUAUCUUAGUUUGUUAUAAAUUUUUAUUUGUUUUUUAAGUUACCAAUUUUUUUAUCUUUGAAAAGCUUCUCUGGUCAUAAACCCAUUUAAUUUAUUAUCUUUCAGAGAAAAGUGGAUGUAUAAUUCACUUAAAUUAAAGUUAGUAAUUUCAUAUGAUAGUUGGUAAAUUUAAGAUGUAGUUAAAAAAGGUUGAUAAAGAUUAAAAAAAAAAAAGUUUGUAGUUAAAAGAAAAAUGAGCUUAAUAAAUAACUCAAAUGAAAGUUGUUAAUUUAAAAUUAGUUGGUAAUUUAAUCAGAGAAAAAUUAAUAAGCCACUGUAAUUAAUGUCAGUAAUCAGUAAUAGAGUCGAUGUAUUUAAAGUGUUACUAAGAAAUGCGAAGUUUGUAAUCAUUAUGAAAGUGGGCAAAUUGAAAAAAAAAAAAAAAAGAAAGAAGAAAGUAAACUUCCUUAAAGUAACUGAGAUAAGAUAAUAGGGAGACUUGACCAUUAUAAUAUUACUGAUCUAAGUAGAUGCGUAUGACAUAUCAUUUUAUUUAUAAUAGUGGGGGAUUAUGGUACAAAAAAAUAAAUCCACUUGGUUUCGUGUGAUGGUGUCCUUGAUUAAUUUUUAAUCCACCACCCAGUAUAUUUAUAAUAGUGGGGGAUUAUGGUACAAAAAAAUAAAUCCACUUGGUUUCGUGUGAUGGUGUCCUUAAUUAGUUUUUAAUCCACCACCCAGUAGAGUGAACCAGACAUUACAGCUGGCCAUCAACCACAUUCUGUUGUCUUUCUUAGCAACACGCCGAUCAUUGAGCCUAUUUGUGCUUCCAACGGCAAUGGUUGCUUUGGCCACUGGACUUUGGUGCACACACCAGAUUUUCAGUUUUAGCAAAGCCGAGCGGUGAGAAUAAAGAAGAUGUUAACCUGCCCAGGCUGCUCCAUACAGCACUUUGAGUUUGCAGGCUGCGACCAGAUCUGCAAAAAUCAAGAACACCCAGUAUGGAAAGCUUUGGAAAACAUGGAGAUCAGCCUGAAGCACCCACAUCCACUCAGGAGCUUCCGCAAACCAACCGCCCUUGACGGUCGUCUUCUCCGUCCAGCAGCCGCCUCAAACCGGCCGCCGGACGUCGCGAAGCAGCUCGCCACUCCGGCUCGCGGCGCUUUGCUGAGGCUCGUGGUCUUGAUCUCUUCACUGUCGCUGCCACUCACGCUCGCGCUCACUUCGCUGCCGCGGUAGUCGGAGGCCAGGGAGGCGCAACCGGAAGACCAUCCCUCUCGAGGAAUACGCCACGAUCCAGUCGGUGGUGUUGGUUAUGCAGCCGCCACAGGAGCUGCAUUUGAAAAUCGCAUCAUCCACUCACGUGAUUUUUGCUCCAGGCCACGGCACCUCGUGGGAUGGCUUCUUAACAUUGUCCUUGAUGUUGCCUCUGGAUUGGCAGUGAUAAUUGCUUCUUGCUAAUUCUAUAUGUCAUAUCGCCCAUCCUUACCUGAGCAACAAUAUGCCAGUGGGAAAUAACGUACCUACGACAAGCAGGAGAGGUGGAGAAGAAGACAAUUAUGGAGCGGAGUUUGCAUUAAUUGAAGAUUUGGCAAGGCUGAGUCCCAAGACGUUCUCCCUUGAAUGGUUGAAGAUCGUGACUGAUUCCUUUGCAGAUGACAGGAUUCUGGGAAGUGGAGGUUCUGGGACCGUGUACGAAGGGCACUGGGGAGAUGCUCACGGACGGGUUGCCGUAAAGAUAAUAAAACCUGAUUCGCCCCGAGCAAAAAAGGAGUUUUCAUCCGAGGUGAGGACAUUAAGCCAACUUAGGCACAAAAACUUGGUGCAACUUAUAGGCUAUUGUCACGAGGUGAAUGAAUUCAUUGUGGUUUACGAAUUCAUUGGAGGAGGUAGCUUGGAGGAUCAUUUGUUUGGAGACAGACCCUUGUUGACAUGGGAAAGCAGGUAUAACAUCGCUCUGGAAUUAGCCUUGGCACUGCACUACCUGCACAAACUAUGUCAUCAAUGCGUGAUCCACAGGGAUAUCAAAUCUAGUAAUGUCAUGCUUGAUGAAAAGUUUGUGGUGAAAUUGGGAGAUUUCGGCUUGGCUAGGCUAGUUGACCACACUGGAGUGCCAAACACAACCGAAUUGUUGGGAACAUGGGGUUACGUGGCUCCGGAAUGCUUUCGAGAAAGUAAGGCGACAAUGAAAUCUGAUGUCUACAGUUUUGGAGUCGUCCUUUUGGAAAUAGUAUGUGGGAUAAAAGUAAUCGGCUCAAGACUAGGAAAGCAAGGCCUAGGCCUUGUACCGUGGGUUUGGAAGCGUUAUGGGAGCUGGAGCUGGGCCGGGCGCGGGAACUUGAGCUGGCACUGGCGCGACAAUUUUCUCAAGGUGGUGGACCGGAGGCUCAGCGGGGAUUUCAACAAGAAACAGGCGGAGGUUUUGUUGAUUGUGGGGCUGUGGUGUGCUAAUCCCAUUGCUGAGUCUCGGCCGUCCAUUGAAGAGGCAAUGGACGUUUUGAACUUCAAGAAAGAGCCUCCCACAAUCCCCACGCAGAUGCCUAGUUUCAGCAUUAAUUGACCCCAAGGUCUCGUCUCGUCUAUAUGCGUUUGAGCAAAUGCCUCGCUCCGUACAAAAAAACGUAAGAUAUAGUUAGGGGUGUCAACGGUUUGGUUCGGUUCGGUUUUUUUGAAAAACCAAACCGAACCGAACAGUUAGGAAAACUUCCGAACCGAACCGAAAUUGGGUUCGGUUUUUCGGAUUUUUGGUUUCAACUUUUAGUUUUUAGUUUUUGCAUUUGUUUUUUUUUUUUCGGUUUUUUUCUAUAAUAUUUCUAAGAAAUAAGCUCUUAUCGGUUUGUUAGUUCGGUUUGGUUAUAAAAAAAAUUCGGUUUUUAGUGAGAACUGAAUUGAAAACCGAACUGUUUUCGGUUCGGUUUUUGACACCCCCUAGAUAUAGUGCCUCACUAAGUGGGAUGUGUCCGAAAAUCGCCGAGAGGUGAUUCUCGAAAAGCUGUUGUACUGUCCCUUUUCUCAUUCACUACAGGAGGUAAUGUUGUACGGUACUUAAAAUAUUUAUUUAGAUUUGAUCAUUUCAAUAGGAAUCUCAGGUUGCAAUUGGAAUUUUA